AUGACUGAAAUGACGUAUUUAGCGCCGUGUGCAAUGUUGAGCACGGUUGGGAUUUUUAAAUCAUUCUUUUUAAUGAAGAAUAAUAUUGAAAAAGAAGAAGGAAAAUUCGUAAAUUCCGUAAUAACUUUACUGAAUAUUUUCAAUAUUUGUGUUGUAUUUGAUUUUACAUUUACUCCUAUUAUAAAAAUUGUUAAAAAAUACAUUUCUAGUGGAGAAUUAGAGCUAGUUCUGCCACAUAAAGUGGUAUAUCCAUUUGAUGCUUUCGACAUAAAGUAUUGGCCGUUCGCAUUCUUUAAACAGAGUUGGUCAGAAUGUAUAGUGCUUCUAGAAAUGUGUGGAGCUGAUUAUUUCUAUUACAUUUGUUGUACAUUUAUAAGAAUACAAUUCCGUCUAUUAUGUUAUGAAUUUGAAAACUUAAUCCCAUCACGGCAUUUAAAUGAGGAAGAACAAAAUAUAGUCAAAAGCAAACUUAUUAAUUUAAUAAAACGGCAUCAAGAAUUAAUAAAAUGUACAAGUACGCUUGAUAUGAUAUAUUCAAAAUCUACUUUAUUUAAUUUCGUAUCCAGUUCAGUGAUUAUUUGUCUAGCUGGAUUUAAUGUUAAAGCUACAGACAACAUAGCGUUGGCCGUUACAUUCCUAACGUUUUUAUCAAUGAACCUUUUUCAAAUAUUCUUUCUGUGCCUCUUUGGCGACAUGAUAAUGAGGUCGAGUAUGGAGGUGAGCGAUGCUGCGUAUAACUGUCUAUGGUAUGCAGAUCGUAAUGUUGCCAGAGAUGUGUUGUUAGUGCAAAUUAGAGCUCAAAACCCUUGCAAACUGACAGCAUUUGGUUUUGCUGACGUCAAUUACAUGUCAUUUAGUAAGAUAAUGAGUACUUCAUGGUCGUAUUUCGCACUACUAAAUACAAUGUAUAACGAAAAUCAAGAAAACUAA